AGGCUCCAGGCGCUUCAUGGCCGAAGCAGUGAGCUGAAGAGACGCUUGAAGGCAGAGAGAAAAGUGACUGAGAGAGAGGCAAAGCUAAAAGAGCAAAGUGAGAAGCAUUCAAGCAAAUCUACCUUGACCCUGUCGUCUGAGAACUGCAAUGGAGUUGAUGAGGAAGGCCUGGACCCCAAUCAAUAUUACAAGAUUCGCAGUCAGGCAAUCCAGCAGCUGAAAGGCACCAGUGAAGAUCCUUACCCACACAAGUUCCAUGUAGAUCUUUCUCUCACAGACUUCAUAGAGAGGUACAACCAUCUGCAGGCAGGAGAUCACCUGAGAGACAUUACAGUGAGAGUGGCAGGCCGAAUCCAUGCGAAACGUGCCUCAGGAGGAAAACUGAUCUUCUAUGAUCUUCGUGGAGAGGGAGUCAAAUUGCAAGUGAUGGCAAAUUCCAGGAACUACAAAUCAGAGGAAGAAUACAUACAUGUUAACAACAAGCUGCGUCGGGGAGACAUUAUUGGGGUUCAGGGGAAUCCUGGAAAGACAAAAAAAGGGGAGCUGAGCAUUAUUCCCUGGGAAAUCACUCUCCUCUCUCCAUGCCUGCACAUGUUGCCUCACCUUCACUUUGGGCUCAAAGACAAGGAAACUAGAUUUCGACAGAGAUACUUGGAUUUAAUUCUUAAUGAAUAUGUGAAACAGAAGUUUAUAAUCCGUGCAAAGAUCAUCACAUAUCUCCGGAGUUUCCUGGAUGAGUUGGGCUUUCUUGAGAUUGAAACUCCCAUGAUGAAUAUUAUUCCAGGUGGAGCUGUGGCUAAACCUUUCAUUACCUAUCACAAUGAACUGGACAUGAACUUGUACAUGAGAAUUGCUCCAGAACUCUACCACAAGAUAUUGGUGGUUGGAGGCAUGGACAGGGUGUAUGAAAUUGGACGCCAGUUCCGGAAUGAAGGAAUUGAUUUGACUCAUAAUCCUGAAUUCACAACCUGUGAGUUUUACAUGGCUUAUGCAGAUUAUCAUGACCUGAUGGAGAUUACAGAAAAACUGCUUUCAGGAAUGGUGAAACACAUUACUGGAAGUUACAAGAUCACUUAUCACCCAGAUGGUCCUGAGGGCCAGGCCUGUGAGAUAGAUUUCACCCCACCCUUCCGGAAAAUCAGCAUGGUGUGUGAGCUGGAGAGAGUCCUGGGAGUGAAACUUCCAGCAACUAAUCAAUUUGAAACUGAAGAAACUCGCAAGUUCUUUGAUAAUAUUUGUGUGGAGAGAGGUGUUGAGUGUCCACCCCCCAGGACCACGGCCAGACUUCUUGAUAAGCUUGUUGGUGAGCUUCUGGAAGUCACUUGUAUCAAUCCCACAUUCAUCUGUGAUCAUCCACAGAUCAUGAGCCCUCUGGCUAAAUGGCAUCGCUCUCAGCAGGGACUGACAGAACGCUUUGAACUCUUUGUGAUGAAGAAGGAAAUAUGCAACGCAUACACAGAGCUCAAUGAUCCCUUCCGGCAGCGGCAGUUUUUUGAAGAUCAAGCAAAGGCAAAAGCAGCAGGCGAUGAUGAAGCCAUGUUCAUUGAUGACAACUUUUGCACUGCAUUGGAAUAUGGACUUCCACCUACAGCUGGAUGGGGCAUGGGCAUUGAUCGGCUCACCAUGUUCCUUACAGACUCCAAUAAUAUUAAGGAAGUGCUGCUGUUUCCUGCUAUGAAACCUGAAGACAAGAAAUUGAUUCAC